AUGGAACUUAUUUGUCAUCAUUGCGUAGCAAAACAUUUUAAAGCUGAAGACAUAUCAAAUAAGAAAACUUCAUUUAGUAGUUGUUGUAGUCAUGGUGAAAUUAUGAUUGAUCCAAUGCCAGAACCACCAUUAUUAUUGAAAAGUUUGUUUGAUGGGUCCCAUAUACUAUCAAAACAUUAUCAUGAUAACAUUCGAUAUUAUAAUAAUACAUUUGCUUUUGCUUCUUUUAAUGCAAAUUUAGUUAAUUAUAAUAAUAAACCAGGUCCAUAUUGUUUUAAGAUACAAGGACAAAUUUACUAUCAAAUAAAUACGUCAUUGUAUCCGUCUGCUGAAGAGUCACCAUCUUUCGGUCAAUUUUUUAUAAUUGAUCAAAAUGAAUCUAUUAAUAUACGAUGUAGUAUGUUUUCAAAUUUAAAUAGAGAAAUAACAGAUGCGAUCGAAACAGUUCUUCGGCAACAUAAUGUAUUUGCACAAUCUUAUCAAAUGAUGCAUGAAGAAUUAAGACAGGCAAUGAUUGAUAAAGAUGUUGACACAGAACCAGAGAUGCAGUUAUUAUUUUCAUUAGAACCUGGUUUAGAUAUUGGACGAUAUAAUCCACAAAGAGUGAAUGAAGUUGCAGCCGUCUUUACAACAACCGCUGAUGGUGAUAUCCCAGAGUCUUAUGUAACAAUUCAUAAUAAACGAACCAAAACUCUACAAUACUUGAGUUCAAUGGAUCCAAAUGUUGAAGCUUUAGUUUAUCCACUUUAUUAUCCGUAUGGUACCAAUAGUUGGAGCUCAACAUUAACAAAAGUGAACAAACAAAAAAGAAUAUCAAGAGCUGUUUACAUUAAACACAGAAUAGCAAUAAGAGAUACUGAUAAUAUUUUCUUAAUGGGUGGACGAUUAUUUCAACAGUGGUUAGUCGACAAUUAUCAAAGAGCUGAAACAGAAAACUGUCAAGUUGGAAAAAUAGUUGUUUUGCCUUCAUCGUUUACUGGAUCGCCACGUAAUAUGUUACAACACUAUCAGGAUGCAAUGGCAAUAGUAAGGAAAUUUGGCAAACCAGAUUUAUUCAUUACUAUGACAUGUAAUCUUAAUUGGCGUGAAAUCAAGGAAAAUAUAUUGCAUGGUCAAACAGCAUCAGAUAGACCUGAUAUUGUUUUACGAAUUACAACAACUGUCUCUGUCGAUAAAUUCAUUGUUGCUGAAAUCCCAAAUUCAUCUGAUGAUCAAAUACUUUAUAAAAUAGUCAUGAAGAAUAUGAUCCACGGACCAUGUGGUGAUUGGUGUAAAAAUGAAGAUGGUAUAUGUACAAAACAUUUUCCAAAAAAAUUUCAAAAUGAAACACUGAUAGAUGAAAAUGGAUAUCCCACAUAUAAACGUAGAAAUACUGGAGUAUAUAAACGAAUAAACGAAGAAGCUGUUGAUAAUCGAUAUGUUAGUGCAGUUGAAGCAUGUGACCGAAUAUUAGGAAGAUCUCUACAAAAAAAAAGUCAUUCAAUUAUUCGGUUACCAAUUCAUUUGCCUAAUCAACAAAAUGUCAUUAUAAAUAAUGAUGAUGCGGAUACAUUAAGAGCCGCAUUACAAAAAAAUACUAUGCUCUUAGAAUAUUUUGAUUUAAAUCAACGUGAUGAAAAUGCCAAAGAAUAUCUACAUGCGGAUAUUCCAUCACAUUAUGUUUUUAAAAAUUUAUCUGGUACUAAAUCAUGGGAAAUUCGAAAACAGCAACACAAUGUUAUAGGAAGAAUGUACGCUGUAAGUCCUCAUCAAAUGGAAUUAUUCAAUCUUCGAUUACUAUUAUUGACAGUUAAAGGAGCGACAAGUUAUGAAAAUAUACGGACGAUCAAUGGAAAAAUCUAUGAUACUUAUCAUGCAGCAUGUUUAUCACUAGGGCUCAUUGAAGACGAUACAGAAUGGGAACGUGCCAUGACAGAAGGAGAAAUAUGGAUGAUGCCUCGACAGUUAAGACAAUUAUUUGUGAGUAUUUUGAUUCACUGUCAACCAAAUGACCCAGGAAAAUUAUGGAAAAAAUUCAAAGAUGCAUUAUCACAAGAUUAUUAUAAAAGUUCAACAUCAGAAAGCAUAAAAAAAAGCAUAUCAUGA